GGAUAGGACAAGCAUUAAUACCAAAAUGAAGCUUUCCCUCGCUGUCUCUCUUACAGCCCUUGUGGCCGCCGUCGUGGCCCAGCAAGUCCCGCCGUGCGUCGACGUGUGCUUUAACAAACAACAAGAAUGCCCCGAUGAAUGGAACUUUGUAUGUCUGUGUGAGAAUGAGAAAUUCCAUAUCGCAAUGACACAGUGUAUGCGUGGGGGUAAUGGAGAGAGUGGAAAAUGCUCUGAGGAGGAUCAAUCCAUUGCGCGGAUACUCCUGGAUGCUGCCUGUGGAUUUUAGUCUGGGUGGUUUAAUGGAUCUGAAAAUUGAUGUGUGGUUGGAGAUAGAUGUAUGCUAUCACGAUGUUAAAGAAGGCUAAGAUGAC